AUGGAUCCGGCCUACAACAUGUCGAAGCUAUUACGACUACCCUCUCCUGGCCUUCAAAGCAGCCACACGGCCGCGCAGGCACCGCAAACAGACAAUGGAGGAAACAAACUCAAGCUACCCAAGCACUCCCACUCGCAAGCGACCAAGCCCACCGGGCAACUCUCACGCUCCGGCAUCCCAUCUGCCCGGGCUACCCCACGCAACCCAGCCCUGAAACGCUACCUACCUGGGCCGGGGGUUGACACGAGAUCCCCCAGAAUUUACCAUCUUCACUCCUCUGAGGUCUCCAACCAUCGUAUGUUACCUAAGGGAAACCGAGCACAAGAUCUGCUUGCACGCAGACAGGAGGCCCGUGCCCGCCAACCAGACAGCAGCCUACAAACAUCACCUGCCUCUCGCACCGCUAGCCUAACCAAGACAGACUGGAGGGGCAUAGGACUGCAGAUACUCACCUCACGCCCAGCCACCAGAGGCUCCUCACUACAGUCAGGAAUGGUGACAUCACAGCUGAACGGCACCCUCACACACAAGUUCCAGUAUUCACAUCAAACCUACAGGAUGGCACACAAGACUACUGGGGAAGCGAAGCAGCUGGACUCCAGCUCAAAGCCGCCAAAAG